GUACUUACUUCAGUUACCAGAUUAUCAUUGAAGUGACGGAAAUGUUGCAUAAUGCCAGUUUACUAAUCGAUGACAUCGAAGACAACUCAAAACUCCGACGUGGCUUUCCAGUGGCACACAGCAUCUAUGGAAUUCCAUCUGUCAUCAAUUCUGCCAAUUAUGUAUAUUUCCUUGGCUUAGAAAAAGUCUUAACCCUUGAUCACCCAGAGGCAGUGAAGCUCUUUACCCGCCAGCUUUUGGAACUCCAUCAGGGACAAGGCCUAGAUAUUUACUGGAGGGAUAAUUACACGUGUCCCACUGAAGAAGAAUAUAAAGCUAUGGUACUGCAGAAGACAGGCGGUCUGUUUGGGUUAGCAGUAGGUCUCAUGCAGUUGUUCUCUGAUUACAGACAAGAUUUAAAGCCAUUGCUUAACACACUUGGGCUCUUUUUCCAGAUUAGAGAUGAUUAUGCCAAUCUGCACUCCAAAGAAUAUAGUGAAAACAAAAGCUUUUGUGAAGAUCUAACAGAGGGAAAGUUCUCGUUUCCUACUAUUCAUGCUAUUUGGUCAAGGCCUGAAAGCACCCAGGUGCAGAAUAUCUUACGCCAGAGAACAGAGAACAUAGAUAUUAAAAAAUACUGUGUACAUUACCUCAGGGAUGUAGGUUCUUUUGAAUAUACGCGGAAUACUCUUAAAGAGCUUGAAUCUAAAGCCUAUAAACAAAUUGAUGCAUGUGGUGGGAACCCUGAGCUAGUAGGUCUAGUGAAGCACUUAAGUAAGAUGUUCAAAGAAGAAAAUGAAUGAUGUUAAGAUGUUCUUGAUAACUUAUUUUAGUUUUGUGGGGGUUUUUUUGUUUUUUUUUUUUUUUUUUUUUGGACCAAACUGUUAGUCUCUAAAAACUGAGUAAAUAGGGGUGAUGUAAGUGAGAUUGUUUCAAUUUAGAAACCCUUCUGUACAGGUAAUCAUCACAGUAGAAAAAGGAAUCUAAAGAAAUGUCAGAAAUUGCUGUGGCAGGACAUUGUGACCAGCUCUGCCCUCCACGAAUGUUCUCUUCUGUCAAUAAAAAAGACUAGCUUCCAGGAA